CAAGCGUGCGCAUCGUUGCUAGCACCGUUUCGUCGUAGCAGUGUCGCGUAGGCUCCGCUACGAGCGCUACGUGUCGCUACGCGGGCCCUUCGUCGCUUGAAAAUAGUGUCGAAUUUUAUUUACGUCGUGAAAUUUUCGUGAAAGUGCUUAGUGUUUCGUUUUGUCCAGCCGAUCGAACUGCGAUAAAGAUAAAUAAUAGACCAAAAAGUGAAUUACAAAACAACUGGUGUUAACAAAACAGUGCUAUGACUUGAACCGGAAAUAACAAAGUUGUGAACAUGACGUGUCCAUUCCGCCGCGCCUCCUCGCAGCACCAAUUUGCAAAUGGCAGCGGUUCCGGUAAAAAGCCGGAGUUUCGGUCCCGACAAUCGUCGGUCCACCUUCCCGGACCGGAAGAGGAGGUUGGGGAGAACAGCACCCUCACGCUAAAACACCUGAGUGAGGCAUUAAAACUCCUCACAGCGCCGACGAACGAGUGCCUCCACGCCGCGGUGACGUCAUUAACGAAGAACCAGGCCGAGCAUUACGACAAAUACAAUUGCCUACGCAGAUUACCGGAUGACGUCAGGACGUGUAGAAAUUACGCAUAUUUACAAGAAAUAUACGACGCAGUGCGGGCUACUGAUAGUGUAUCCACUAAGGACUUUAUGGCAAAAUUAGGAGAAUAUUUAAUAUUAACCGCUUUUUCCCACAACUGUCGACUGGAGAGAGCAUUUAAGUGUUUAGGGACUAAUUUAAUAGAAUUUUUAACUACAUUAGACAGCGUACACGAUGUAUUGCAUGAUCAGGACGACGGCCUUAAAGAAGAGUCACCGGAAAAUGAAGCAGCCUUCGUGUGUACCACGUCGCAUGGGGGACGGAUUCAGUUGCACCUCACGACGGAGAGCGAGCCCGUGGCGUAUUUACUAGUUGGGAGCCUCAAAGCGAUAGCUAUGAGGCUGUACGACACACAGACAGACAUAAGACUGAUGAGUUACUCCAACGAUCCAAGGAGAUUUAGAUACGACAUAAGCGCAGAGCCAUUACACCAGAGGCUGAAGGUGGAUAACUGCGAGGCACCCAGCGCUGCUGUCAGUCUCGCCUCGUCGAGCAAGGUGAAUGAUUUGAGGAUCGGCGUCGCGAGCUUCUGCAAGGCGUUCCCUUGGCACUUUAUCACUGACAAGCGAUUGGAGCUCGUUCAACUUGGUGGUGGUUUCAUGAGGCUGUUUGGUACAUAUCUCUCGUCGCACGGGUCGUCUCUCGGCACCUACUUUAGACUCCUCAGGCCCAGAGGAGUUCCGUUGGAUUUUCGCGAAAUCCUGAAGAGGCUGAACACACCUUUUAUGUUCUGUCUCAAGAUACCGGGCUCCACUUCACUGGCUGAGGGUCUCGAGAUAAAGGGCCAGAUGGUUUUCUGUUCGGAGUCCGAUUCCCUGCUCUUUGUCGGGUCGCCAUUUCUCGACGGGUUGGAGGGUCUAACUGGCAGGGGGCUGUUUAUAUCCGACAUUCCAUUACAUGAUGCGACGAGAGAUGUCAUCUUAGUCAGCGAGCAGACGAGGGCGCAGGAUGGCCUUCGAAAACGUAUGGACAAACUAAAGAACUCAAUAAUGGAGACCAGCAAAUCGGUGGACAAGGAGAGAGAGAAGAAUGUCAGUCUGCUGCAUUUAAUAUUCCCACCGCAUAUUGCUAAACGACUCUGGCUUGGUGAAGCCAUCGAAGCGAAGAGCCACGAUGACGUCACGAUGCUGUUCAGUGACAUUGUGGGAUUCACAUCGAUCUGCGCGACUGCCACGCCGAUGAUGGUCAUCGCCAUGUUGGAGGACUUAUACAGCGUGUUCGAUAUUUUCUGCGAAGAGCUUGAUGUAUAUAAGGUUGAAACUAUCGGAGACGCAUACUGUGUAGCAAGCGGUCUACAUCGCAAGAUAGAGACUCACGCACCGCAAAUCGCGUGGAUGGCUCUACGCAUGGUGGAGACUUGUGCGAAACACCUUACACACGAGGGGAAUCCCAUUAAGAUGCGAAUAGGCCUGCACACUGGCACAGUUCUGGCUGGCGUGGUAGGCAAGACGAUGCUGAAGUACUGCCUCUUCGGACACAACGUCACGCUCGCCAACAAGUUCGAGUCCGGCUCUGAGCCGCUCAUGAUCAACGUCAGCCCUACCACUUACGAGUGGCUAAUAAAGUUCCCGGGAUUCGAAAUGGAGCCGCGCGACCGUUCCUGCCUACCAAACUCGUUCCCCAAGGACAUUCCCGGGACAUGUUAUUUCCUACACCGGUACUCGCAUCCUGGGACGGACCCUAAUGAGACCCAGGUAAAACACAUACAGGAUGCGCUAAAAGAUUUCGACAUUGGACAAGGAAAAACAAAUGAAGUGGACUGUAAAGAAAUUACAUAGUGUUCAUACCAUUAAUUUUAAACUAUAAGCUAUUUCAUAAUUUACAUUCCAUGUUAAUGUAAACUUAAAGUGUAAAAUUGUCACGAAUAUUUCGAAUACUCAAAUAAAAUCAAAAGUAGGUUCAUAAUAUAUUUUAAGAAAUAUAUUUAGCCCAUAAAUUGGUCUUUUUCCCGUAUUUUAUGGUGUCAGCAAUAUGUGAUUAUGGAAGAACAAAAUAAAAUAUCAAACAGAAUUGCUUGGAUUCGCUGUAAAAUCCCAGUUGAUUUAAAAACUUUGCCCAUCCAAAGUAACGCUUUUCAAUUCGUAGGUAAUUAUAUUGAGUUUCUUUGAAACCUUUUUAUUAUUUCAAUCAUUUUGUGUUUUCUUCGUUGACAAGUUUAUGAUAAUCUCUUAAGAUGCCUUUUACGUUUAUAGCGGACUUUUUACACCAUUUUCGUGAUUACUUGAUGGCUUACUAAACAAAAAUGGACCUAAUUCCCUUUAUGAUAAUGACCUUUUUCACGAAGCGAUCAAAAGCGAUACGUUUUAAUUUUAAAUUCAGUGAAGUCUUGUUGGGUUUUUUGGAAGAGCACUUCGUUUUACUUUUAGUAAAAUUUCAAGUCAUUAUGUAAAAGAGAUUUGUGCCUGUACAGUAUGUAAUUUAGAGCUACGUAUUUAUAGUUUUAAAAACAUCGUUAUGUAAUAGUAUAAAACUGCACAACUAUUGUCUGUAAUACACUAAAACUAAGCAAGUAGAGAGAAUUAUUAAAUAAGUAUUCAAAUAUUAAGCAUAGCAAUAAACUAUUUGCACUUGAAUUAGAUAAAAUGUAUAUCAUUCUCAUCAAUCUCAUAAAUCUGAAUGUACUUUUAAUUUAUAAAUAAUAUGGAAAGUAUUAUUUUAAAACUAUAAGUAUUUGGAGGUUAUUAUCGAGUUUAAUAACAGUAAAGAAUCUUUUCUAUUUGUAUCUGCACAGUUUCAUAUAAUCAAAAUUUCAUUAGAAAAAACUAUAAAGUUUACUCGUAUUACCUACACAGUACACACAGACAGUUCGACUAUGUGUGUGUAGUUAAAACUGCAGUUCAGCAACCCUUAUAGGACAUAUUUAAAUAAAAAAUGUCAUGUAUUUUACCCUCUUGACUCCUAAAUGGAUGACCGGUCGCCCAUCGUAUCCGUUACGUGACAUGUAAAAAAAUAAAAAGUAAACUUAGGGCAAUAGGCGAGCACAGUAUCAUGCUCCGCGUGAUAGAGGAAUAUAAAGAUUUUUUUAAAUGGCUCACAACGGUAGAUUAAAACCGCAUUCCCUGACUGUCGGCUUCUUCAACGCAGACGGGCUUUUCGAUAAAAUACUCGCGGGCAGCGAAUGGUUAACAAACAGAUAUCUAAUAGAUCAAAACUACCUUGUGUUACAUUGCUUAAAAAUUAAUAUGUGGCUAUAUAUAUGUAAAUAAUUGUAUAAUCUGACGUUUACCUAAGCAAACAUCUGCUAAAAUUAUUAAAUAAAGCUCGACAGUUCAUUUUUUAAAUAUUAUGAAUAGAUACCAUAAAAAUAUGUAAAGUUAAGUAAAGGCAAUGUGAUCACAUGAUAAUUAAGACGUAAUUUAAAUGAUAAUUUAUGUGAAGCUUUACAAUAUUACACGUAAGGGAAUGUAUAUAUGAAAUCUGGGAUAAUUACGACUUAUAUAAUGAUAUAACGCAUUUUGAUGUUGCUGUAUAAGUAUAGGCCAUAGGGUUUGUAGUAAGGAUAUUCGCUUUGUGUACCUAUGCUACGCGUUAAUAUGUAAUAUAGAUAAAGAAUAUAAUAUUUAUAAUGUAGAAUGCAUCUAUAUUUCGUCAUCAUCGGCCGAUGGACGUCCACAUUAGGGCAUAGACUGUUAGUAGUUCUUUGGAUUUUUUGGAUUUUCAAACAUUACGAUCCUGAGUCGCCUGCAUCCAGUGAAUACCGGCGACUCGCUUGAUGUCGUCAGUUUACCUGGUGAUGGUCGACCAACACUGCGCUUUCUAGUGCAAGAUCGCCAUUCCAUCACCUUGGGACCCCAACAUCCAUCGGCUCUUCGAAUAUGCUGAGGUUUGUCGGUGACUUUGGUUCUUAUAUAUAUAUUUAUUUAAAUACAUAUUAUUUAUUUUUCAUCAAACUAUUCUUAUUUUAUUAAUUAGCGUAAUAAUACUUUUAGUCAUAUAGCCUAUAAACUACGAUAAAAGUAAAAUCCUGAGAUAAAAAGUAUCACUUUUAAGUCCAUAAUUAGAUGGUACUGAGCUUAUUCUUUCCUUGGCUUUAAUGUUAAUGUGUCAGCUAAACGAAACCAUGCAUUUGAUAUUUUGAAGAUGUGCGUAAAGCAAAGUCAAGCCUUCUUUAAUAUACAUUUAAAUUAUACAUUUUUUCAUUGGCGUUUGAGGUAGUUAGUUAUUUGAGGACGUUCAGUCUAGACAUGUGAAUAAUUUAGGGUGAUGACUAUAACAUUUUUCGAUACAUUUGCCUAUAAAUUUGCUUCUAUAUUUUCUUUGAAAUUAAAUUAUAAGGCUUCUACAAGCUUAAUUUGGUCUAUGAUAUUACAGUAAAUGGCAGUUUCGUUUUAAGGAAUUCAUUUUUUAUAUUGUUUUAUAUUAUAUUACA